AGGUGAUAUUCUCACUCAGCAGUGUUUCUAGGAAAUGAAUAACAUAUGUUUGGACAUCAAUCCUCAGCUGGAGAAGUAUUACCUUCCAACCAUGUAUGCAAUAGAGUUCCUGUUAGGACUGGUCGGCAACCUUUCUGUGAUAUGGGGCUACAUAUUCUGUCUGAAGGAAUGGAAGUGUAGCAACAUCUACCUUUUCAAUCUUUCCGUCACCGACCUGACUUUUAUUUGCACCCUUCCCAUGCUCGUUGUCUACUACGCCAAAGGCAACAAGUGGGAUUUUGGUGACACCAUGUGUACAUUAAAUAGAUACAUCCUACACGCGAACAUGUACAUCAGCAUCUUGUUUCUCACCUGCAUCAGCAUUGAUCGGUACCUGCUAGUAGUGAGUCCAGUGAAGCUUCACCGUUUUCAGAAAAGGUGGAACGCUGUUGUAAUCUGUCUCAGCAUUUGGGUUUUUGUAACAUUGGAGUUGGUGCCUCUCUUCAUUUUUAUUGAUGUUCAAGCAAUAGGUAAUAAGUCCUCCUUCCACUGUUUGGAUUAUGCCAGCUCAGGAAAUCCCUCCCAGAGUCUGAUUUACAGCAUAUGCCUCACAGUUUCUGGUUAUCUCUUACCGCUCUGUGUCAUGUUUUUCUUCUACAUCCAAACUGCACGCAGCCUUAAGAAAAUAAUGCAACAGCGCACCAAGGUUCAGGUGGAAAAGCCCCUUACCUUGGUCAUAUUGGCCAUUGUCAUUUUCUUGAUAUUCUUUACUCCUUAUCACAUAAUGCGCAAUGUUCGUAUUGCUUCCCGAGUGGAGAGCAGCACCAUGUCAGAGUGCAGCAAGUUAGCUGUAAAGGCUCUGUACGCUAUCACAAGGCCCAUAGCUUUCCUCAACUCCAUUACAAACCCCAUUUUCUACUUCAUGUUGGGGGAUAGGUUCAGGGAGCAGUUUUUCAGUAAAUUGAGAAGCAUCUUCUUAAGAAAGCCUGAGGUAACCAAUCAGAACGAGGAAAGAUCCAUCAGGUCGACUGGGUGAAACAAAUGCUGAGAC